UCUUUGUUUGGUUUACACCAGUAGAUGAACUCCUGUCCUUUCUGCUAUGAUACUUGAUGGAUAUUAUUAUAGAUGCAACAGCUUUAAACAAAACAUUUUAACCUGUAUCACAAUGUGUUGCAGGUAAACGCAGAAUUCACCCGCAUCACCACCAUCCGCUGCUGCCUACCUUCAUGUCUCAACUAGAUCGCCAUUCGUCUCAGUAGAUGAAGGUUUUCAAAAAGAAGGGGGGAACAGCAGGACGCAAUUUGGGCCUAAUCAUGUUAGCCAUGGACAAGAAGUCCCCUGGAUUCAACACAUAUCAUGACAUGAACAAAUACAGCAGCACUCCAGUCGCACAUAAUUCUCGAACAACCAACUUGCAACAACACCCUCAGGAAGGCUUCAAUCGAUACCAAAUUGCAGAGAAGGAACAACAUGCUAAACAAAGAGAACAUGCCAUGAAUUUGGUAAAGCGUGCACAACUGGUUCAGCAAUUGGCAGACAUGGAUACUCUUGCUACUUCAUGUAUGGAAACAUCCCUUGACUCGUCUUUCACUAACUACAGUGAUCCUGACUUUGUUCCGGACAGCACUGCAGAAGAUUCUUCUGAGCUAGAAGAAGACAUACCGUUGACUCCAAAAAAGCCCCUGCCAUCUCUGCAACAUCCCCCUUUAUCUCCAGCCAAACCAAAUUGUUCUUCUAAGAAAAAUAACUGGGACACACAAAGGAAAAGAAAGAUUACAUCCCCCAGUCCACUAAAGAAAAACUCAAACACACACAACAAAAAAAGCAGAAUCGAUGAAGACUCAAUCCGAGUUUUGCCCCCAUCUAACUCUGAAUCUCGCCGUGUAUACAACAAGAGGAAUUACUGUCUCUAUUGCUUCCAUCCAACAGCCAAAAUUGCACGACACCUGGAAGCUGUACAUGGGAAGGUACCAGAUGCUGCGAUUGCAUUCUAACAUCCAAAAAAUUCAAAAGAAAGACAAAAACAGUUGAGCAUAAUCAGAAGCCGUGGGAACUUUGCCCAUAAUGCCAAUGUUGUGAGGGAGGGAGCUGGAGAGCUGCAGGCCUGUUACAGACCACGCAAAUGUAGACGUCCCAUUGACUUUGUGCAUUGUUUUCACUGUCAAGGACUAUAUGCUAAAAAAAACAUUGUGGAAGCAUAUAAGGAAGACUAUGUCCCUCUUCAAGCAACUAUGCAACACUUGCAAAAGUUACACUGGCUCAAGUGAUCAUCUUUAACUGAAGAAGAGAAGGAGAGGUCUCAAGAAUGGAGUUGGCCACUUUCCA